AUGCCAGACGGCGUGCGGUUGGCGCUGCUUCUCAAUCUCGGAUGUUAUAUGAGGUAAGAGAAAUAGAGUUACUUUAACAAAUCUAGGCCGAAAUGUCGAAUUUGGCGAAAAAGUAGCAAAAUGUUCUGUUGGAGAUGGUCAAGGACGGGGAUUUUAAAAAUGAUUUUAGGCUUAAUAGUGCAUUUUGAGAGUUGAAAAUGGGAUUUUAGGCUUGUGCAUGAAUUUUAAGGUUGUAAAUUAUUUUUUUUAUGUUGUUAACGAUAUUUUAGGCUAAUAAGGGAAUUUUUAGGUUUGGAAGUUGAUUUCUAGGCUUAUGAUUUUUUUAGGUUUAAAAAUAUAUGCUCAAUUUUGCUAGGGGAAGGUCAACAAGGGGUGGUUAGAUGGGAAUGGAUAGGCAUGAGGAACGGGCGGACCGGCUCUGAGCAAAGUUUUUGUCGGGCCGGGCUUGAAAAAUGGGCCGGCCCGUUACACAUGGGUAGGAGUGGACUCACCCCCUCUUUCCUCCUCUCCGGAGCCGAUCUGGAAGGACCAUUAAACAAAAAAAAAAUAUUUGCUUUUCAAUAAAAUUCAAAUUUAAACAUAAAAAUGACAUUUUAAAAAUAACGUUAGUUGUUUUUUCAGUUUUGCCAUCAGCACAACUACCUCGCCAUUACGAUGGAAAUCUAGGGAGAAAUUGCGUGGUUCAGCCGAGUUGUUUUCCGAUCGAGCAGCCGUUUUUCGAUUUCCAAACAAAGAAUUCGAAAAACAUCUGAACACAAAGAUACCUAUUUUUGGUAGCAAUGAGCAUGUAAGUUUUAUAAUUCUUAGUUGUUUAAUCAAACACUUAUGUACAGCGGGACUAUUAUAUAACGAAUCGCCUGGGGAUUUCAAUUUUGUGCGUUAAAAAACGUUGGUAUACAGUAGUUCCACUGUAUUUGGGUUAAGGUGGAGGAUAAUAUGGAAUUAUAGAACAUUUUAAAACGUUAAAAUUUUUAGGAAUCUUACGAAAACGACUACGAAAAUGAAGAGGUUCGUCCAAAUCACAAUUAUCUAAAGGACAGCGCUUUAUCAGAAGAAGAGCAUGCUGAAGAAAGCACAGUCGAUCCGGAAUUGUGA